UCUGGUAGACUGAACCCGCUUUGUUGAUAUAUCCCGUUCACAAAACUAAACUUUUUCGUAAGGAAAAAGCGGUCCGAUUUCCUAAGGAAGCAAGCCAAAGGAGAUUUCAUAAUUUGGGAAAGUCGCUGUGGAAUAAUUUGUUGGGAUAGCUUUAGUUGUAUUUGUAUCUUGGUUAGCGUUAGCUGCGAUUCUAGCCAGACGUUAACUUAGCGACCGUUUUCAAACGUCCCGGCGUCAGCGUGCUUCUCAGUAUUCAUCGGAAAUCUUUUGUUGCUGCAAAAAUGUCAUCGCAAACUCUGAACAGUAGCAAACGAGAAGAGAAGGGGAGGAAUAUCCAGGUGGUGGUCAGAUGCAGACCAUUGAAUACAGUAGAGCGCAAGACCUCCUUUGGUGUUAUGGACUGUGACGUUAACAAGAGGGAGGUGAUCGUUAGGACAGGUGGGAUGAAUGACAAGCUGUCCCGGAAAACCUACACAUUUGACAUGGUGUUUGGCCAAGCCGCAAAGCAGAUUGAUGUAUACCGGAGUGUUUUGUGCCCUAUCCUGGAUGAAGUCAUCAUGGGUUACAACUGCACAGUCUUUGCGUAUGGGCAGACGGGAACUGGAAAGACAUUCACCAUGGAGGGAGCGAGGAGCCUCGACGAGGAAUUCACUUGGGAAGAGGACCCUCUGGCUGGCAUCAUCCCCAGGACACUGCACCAGAUAUUUGAGAAGCUGUCUGAAAAUGGGACCGAGUUCUCAGUAAAAGUCUCUUUAUUGGAAAUUUACAAUGAAGAACUUUUUGACCUGCUCAGUCCCAGCGACAACGUGACAGAAAAGCUGCAGCUCUUUGAUGACCCUCGCAACAAGCGCGGUGUGCUUGUGAAGGGUCUGGAGGAGGUGACGGUCCAUAACAAAGACGAGGUCUACCAGAUCCUAGAGAGAGGUGCUGCCAAGAGGAAGACGGCCUCCACACUUUUGAAUGCCUACUCAAGUCGCUCCCAUUCUGUCUUUUCAAUUACCAUACACAUGAGGGAGAUCACUUUGGAUGGAGAGGAGCUUGUCAAAAUCGGCAAGCUCAAUUUGGUUGACCUUGCGGGCAGUGAGAACAUUGGCCGUUCGGGGGCAGUAGACAAGCGAGCUCGUGAGGCUGGAAAUAUCAACCAAUCCUUGUUGACACUGGGAAGAGUCAUCACUGCUCUGGUGGAGAAGAGGCCCCAUGUCCCCUACAGAGAGUCCAAACUGACGCGAAUCCUUCAGGACUCACUGGGAGGACGAACCAAGACGUCUAUUAUUGCCACUGUGUCUCCUUCUUCCAGCAACCUUGAGGAGACUUUAAGCACUUUGGAAUACGCCAGCAGAGCCAAGAACAUAUUAAAUAAACCCGAGGUCAACCAGAAGCUCACGAAGAAGACACUGAUAAAGGAAUACACUGAAGAGAUUGAGCGUCUGAAACGGGACCUGGCAGCCACUCGGGAGAAGAAUGGAGUCUACAUGUCAGCUGAGAACUACGAGAACAUGAUGGGUCAAGUCGUCUCCCGGGAGGAGCAGAUGUUGGAGUACACAGAGAGAAUCGCUGUCAUGGAGGAGGAGCUGAAGAGAGUAACUGAGCUGUUUGCUGAAAAUAAAAACCAACUGGAGAAAUAUGCCAACAACCUGCACCUGGAACAGCAGAGGUUGGAGGAAACCCACCAAGACCUACAGCAGACCAAAAAGAGGCUAAAGGAGGAGGAGAUCAUCUGUUCUGAGCUGAGCUCCACUCAGAAGGCCCUCUACAACACUGCCGAAAAGCUGCUCAACACAGUGGAUGCCAGCACCAGUGAUGUCUCAGGCCUCCAUGAAAAGCUUGCAAGGAAGACAAAGGUGGAGAAUCACAAUAUGCAAAUCCAGCAGAGCUUUGCCCAGCGGAUGGAUGAGGCAUUCAAGACCAUGCAGCACUCCAUCCAGCAGCAAGGGGUCAUGCAUCAUAACAUGAUCAACACCUACUCAAUGUCCAUAGAUGGCGUCCUUGUGAGUAAUGAAGCAGCAUGGAAAGGGGCUCAGACAACAGUCGAAUCUCUUGUGGACGGAGUUAGACAGCUGGUUGCUGAGGGCGUGGCUAGUUUCCAGGCCAAAGUCCAGCAACAGGAAGCACUAAGUCAGCAGAACAGAGAAAGCCUUCUGAAGCUGCUGGAGGACCAUGGACAUGACAUGGAAGAUGCUCUGGUGACUCGGACAUUAAAAAGCCUGUCUGCUAUUGGAGAGCUGAAUGGUCUGCUGAGGUCUACAGUCCAGACACAGCGAGCCCUGGCUGACAAGCUGGAGGACAUGGAGCAGAAGUUUUUCAAUGGCUUCACCAGGGAUCUGGAGGACCUGAGGGAGCAGAGUGUUCAAGGUCUCAACACCCUUCAGUCCAAAAUUAAACGGCAAGAUGAAGAGAUCCAGCGGGCAGAGGAGAGGCAUCAGACGAGUAUGAUGCAGACCAUCAACUGCCUACAGAACCAGCUGAACCUCCUGGCUCAUGAAACCCAGAAAGACUUCGCCCACCUGCGCUCGGCUUCCAGUGCCCUGUGGGAGCCUGUGGAAACCAUACAAAAUGACAUCAACACUCGUUGUGGUGUGAUUGAGUCCAAGACUUUGGCCCAGAUGGACCUCUUUUCCUCCACCACCGCCUCCCUCGCCUCCGCUAUCCGCCAAGAUGCCCAGGACAGUGAGAAGACGCUGGGUGAGAUUGAAGGGUACUGCUCCUACCUCUGCAGUUCUGUCACAGAGCUGUCAGAAUGUAACCAGCAGUGGUGCUCUGAUGCCACACAUGUUGUGGACACUCAGGCCCAGGAGCAGCUCAGCCUGCUGGGAGAGACCUCAGCUGCUGCACAGGCCCUGCAGCAGGAAGUAGAGAACCACUGUAACCUGCAGCUUGUGGGAGUACAGACAGAACUGACCCAGCAUCUGGAGGUGGUGCACCAGACUCUGGUGCCUGUCCAGAAACAGGUUUACCUGGAUCGGGUAGCCAUAGACAAGCUGCAGGCUGAGCUCCAGAACCAUGUGGAGACGGAUCACAGGCUGGUCCUAACCUUCCUGGAGCAGGAGCUGAGACAAGAUGUACCCACUGGGGCAACGCCUCAGCGCAGAGAGUUUGUUUAUCCCAAGCUCCUGGUGAAGUCCCAGCACCGCGAGGAGAUCCUGGAGAGCCUGCGACUGCAACAGGAGGAGUUGCAGGACGCACUAAAUGAGAAGUUGGAAGAAGAGGAAAAGUCCCAGGAUAAAAAUGAUUCACUUGACUUAAGUCCCUAUGAUGACAGCGAGGCUGCAGAACCCUGUGACGCCAACAAGAAUGUGGCCUGCAGUGACAACAGGCUGCCCUUUUUCAGGACAAAAAUAUCUGGGAAGGAGAAUAUGAGUCACAUCAAGCCUAAAGCCACAGAAAAUGAAGCUGUCUCAAGCCCUCAAAAAUCCAAACUUCCGCUCAGGUGUCAAAACUAAACAUCCAGUCAUUUAAAAAAAAAUCUUUUUGAGCUUUUUCUUUUUACUGUUUGUGUUUUAAUGUUCUUACAUCACCUUUUUUUUUUAGUAACGUUUUAAUCUUUAGAUUGAA